CGUGGAAAUUGAAAUUUCAACUUCGAUUUAACUUGAUGAGAGGAACUUCCUGAAAUUAUAUAUGUAUGGUAUUAGAAAUAGUUUUCCUCCGUUUCCGGCUUUACUUCGAAUUCGGAUUCUAAUUUAGCUAUAUACCUAUUGUUGUUCGAAGCCAAUCAGAAUUUCUCAGGCUUUUGGCAGUGGUCGGAAAAUAAUAUUUGUUUUUACAAGAUGGAGUCGCUCCUGAUUCAUUUUGGGUUCAAGUUAGACGAAAAUGGAUGUCACCUUUGUUGUAAAGUUAGAUUAUAAUUGUUGGAAAUAAUGAAGUCCAGCCUCAAUAGACCAUAGGCUACCCUAGUUGUUUUCAGUGUUUAAUACAAAGAUGAUAAAAAGCUGCAUAUGCAAAUAACCAAAGAAUGGCCUCUAAAACCCUUUCGAAAGACCAGCAAAACUUCAUGUGGAUAUCGAUAGCUUGUGUGGAUUUAAUCAAGCUGCCUUUAAAAGACAUUUUAGAUAAUCAGAUAAAACCCGCAGAUCUUUUUAACAGAAUUAACUCUUCACUAACGAAAAGAAAAGAUUACCUUAGGAAAGAACAAGAAAAUAUUUGUUUCAUUCCACCACCUGGUCAACCAGACUACAACGACUUUGAUGUGACUUUGCUGUACACUUUAAUAAGAAAUCUUUGCUCUGUAUCACUGAACCUGGCAUCACUGAACCCGACAAGAGGAUGGGGCAAGGUUCCAUCUUCUUCACAUAUGCGGUUAGGGGAUGACAUCGAGCGUCUCAGAUUGAUGAGAAACGUGUUUGCGCAUGCCAACUCCGCGGGAAUUCCUGACGCCAAGUUUCAGGUUCAUUGGAACGAAUUAAAAUCAGUUAUUCAGAGAAUUCAAACAUUCAUGAACUCAAUGGGAAGCAAUGUUAAUUACGAACAAAAGCUGGCGGAUAUAGAAAGAACUGAUUUUGGGUUCGGAGAUCUUCAAAAAUAUAAGUUAUUUUUGGAAGCAACGUUGAAUCAAUUAAAAGAAGAAAGAAUAAAAGAUGAACCAGAAAUUUCAAUAACGGGCGCAGAUAGAGUAGUAUGGGGAGAGAAAACAUGUUUUGAGGCAGAUUUAAAGCAUACAGAAAUACAUGUAUCUCAUUGGUCAAUCAGCUGGCAGAGAGUAAGAGGAAGUGUCAUAAAUCAGAUUGACAUCAGUAAAGAAAAGUACAGUGAUAGUACUAGAACCAAACUUGUGAUUCAUUCCGUGAGUAAAGACGACCAGGGAGAAUACCAAGCAGUCCUCGCCAGCGAAUCAAAUGGAAACAAACGAAAAAUAGAAAGCAAUGCUAUUUUUCUACACGUCAUUGGAGGUAACAUCCCUAAAGCUACAAUUUCAACAGAAUCGAAAGUCUACCUUGGAUCUACAGCACAAAUUAGGUCCGAAGUUUCAUCAGCUCUACCACUCAAUAAAUAUGAAUGGCAAAGUAGUGUUGAUGGUAAUGUGUUUCAUUGCAUCGGCAUCGAUAAACUUAAAUAUCACGCAACUGAUCCCUGUUUACUAGACCCGUCACUUGUGAUACGAAAUACGACUUUUGACGACAUUCGUCAUUAUCGACUUUUGGUGUGGAAUACAAUUGGAGACUGUGUCAGUAACACGGUGUACCUAAACGUCACAGGAAAUCCCCCAAACAUAGCAUGCAGUCAUGAAACAUGUUUCGAAAGUCGAUCAGUAAAAUUGAUUGCAAAAGUUUAUCUUUAUGACAUCUGUCAUCCAAUUUCUGAACUGUUCUGGACAGUAAAUGAUAAAGAAAUAGAUAAACAAGGAUCGGGUGGAAAGUUCUCAAAAGUGAGCGUCGAUUCCCCAUGUUUAACUAUCAACAAUGUCACUCGUUAUGAUGCUGGAUCGUACAAACUUACAGCUACUAACGCCGUGGGGUCGACUGUUAGUGAUGCCAUUGAAUUAAAUUUUCCUGAAGUUAUCUUUGAUAAAUUUGACGAGACGGAAGAUGGAACACAGUGGUUUACGGUGACAAUCAAAUCGAUCCCAGAGCCUUUCUUUGUUCAGUGGAGAAAAAGAGAAAAAAACAGUGACAGAUUUCAACCGAUUAAUGUCAAUGCUGAUGAAUUUAAAGGAUCCUCAUGUUCGUUCCCUCACCCUGUGCUGGUCGUCAAACAGAGAGAACAAUUAGAAAACUUCACCUUCCAAAUAAAGAUAGAAAAUUUCAUCGGUACCUGUGAAAAGACAAUACAAGAUAUACGAGGUAGCCUGAACGAGAUUUUUGAUGACGAGGGAGCGGGAAUAAAAUUUGCCAUUCUUUUUGAUGAUUUAGCAGACAACUUUCCGAAGGAAAAAUUUCAAAAAUUGAGAGACCUCAUUCAAAGUUCAAAGAAAGUUAAAAACAUUAAAUCCAUGAAUGAAGCAAGAUCUGCAAGAGAUUGUUUUAGGAUCCUUGAUUCCGAAAAACUCUUUACCCAGUUAGAUGUGACGUUUAUGCAGUUUUUACUUAGAAGGACAGAGUGUAAAGAACUCGAAGACAAGUGUGUAGAAUAUGCGAAAGGACAGAAAGCCUUAGGGUUUUACGAGAUACAACCGGAAGACGGUUUCAAACAUGUGUAUUUUCACGUGCUGGGAGAUUUAUCACAUUUCAAUAAGAAAAAGAGAAGAAAAAUUAAAAAGACUGUUGCUGCAAUGGUGGGAUGCAAAACAAAACGAGUUUUUUUAAAUGGAUAUGGCCACUCGGGGAGUUUUAUAGCAAUUGUAUCGAUAGAGGUAAUCUACAUUGGGAAACUGGUGGCAAUAAACGAGCAGGAUAGAUACAGAUUUGUUCACCUGGACAUUGACUACUUCACUGUUGACUUUAUAAAGGUGAUCCUAAAAAUCUCACAAGAAUAA